AUGAUAACAGCAAUUAUCAUUCUUGCAGUUAUUGGACUAACAUCGUCAUUAGAAGAAAUGACCCACGAAGAGAAGCGUAUCGAAAACGCUCUUUUUGCAAUGGUUGGUGAAGAACCACCUAAUCAAGAUGUCCCAAUGGAUCACAAUGAUCAAGCCCUACACGACUUGCUUCUAACAAGUGCUCGAGAAGUGAGUGUCGGUCAUGAUGGGGGCGGUGCAGCUGAUGUUGGAAAGAAUAAGGAACACAGUGUAGGAAACGAUGCUCGUUUAUGCCAGAACGAUGAUCCAACUAAUAAAAGUCCGGGAGGUGUUAUGGCGGAGAUGUGGUUUCAGUCGGGAUUUGAAAAAGUUGUACUUUCCAAGUUUUGGAAUAUCAAUGAUCAGUCAGCAUUUUCUGUAAUUCUCGGAUCAGCGUUUGGAAACUGGUUGUUCUCCGCAUUUUGUAAAAUCAAGUCGUCUAAAGAAGCUGAUUUAAUCACCUCCAACACUUGCCAGCAUUAA